AAUCAUAUCAGCACCAUGAUUGAGAUCUUCGUAUGAAUUACUGAGUAAGGUAAGAAAACGCUAGCAGGCUACCAAGAGGUGCAUGCGGCACAGUUGGACGAAACGGAUGAAUGGAGGUAUCUCCGUGAAACCCACCUUGAGCAAGGGAGAACCUGAGGAUCAAGAGUUAAGGUUCACUGCACUAGAUCAGCGAGCUGGAAUUUGCGGACAUAGAUGUUUCUGUCCUUUCCCACAAGACAGUACCUUAGAAGUCUCUUGAACUGGAACUCUCGACUCAAUAGUAUGGAUACAGCCUCUGGGUUAGCUGUAGCAACCGUAUUAUGCUCAGUUCUGGCGCAACACUUGUUUACUCCACAACGUGAGCUUUGCUCUGAGACAUUAAGUUGGGUAAUACUACCUAUCCUGUUCAAAAUUGGGAGGUGGCCGAACACCAACGCCAAAAAUCGUUCGAGUUGCCCUGAAACGCAGUCUACUUCAACCAUAUCUUUAUGGGUAGUUGCUGCAAGUCUUACUAUCUCCUGCUUGUAUAAAGCAGAGAUGGGCAUGGUUGAACUUCUUCCAAUAUUAACGCCGCUACUUCUGGUUGCUCGACAUCGUCUUCGACCCGAGUUUUCUGCAUCAAGAACAUCUUCCUCUUGGCUUUUCUCCCCUCUCGCCUGGGGCACUACCUUGAGUGCUUUGUUUAUUACUCUGACCUUGUCAAACGGGGAUUUUCUAAGCUCUGCUCUAUCAAUCGUUGCAGUGGUAUCUCAGCUUCUUGUCUACGUGACUUUCCUGCCUAGGACUAUUUCAACCUCGCGACUUCUACCACUCAUUGACGAUAUCGAGAACGAUGUGAUGCCUCUUUCCUGGAGGGUGGUGACCAUUCUGACGAUUACAAUGGCCAUGCAAACUACCAUGAUUGGGGUUUCCGGGAUCAGAAUUACAUCAGUGCUGUUGUUAGGUGUGUUCAAAGCUCUAUCAUGGUACUUCACAAUUCGAAUGACACGAUAUGCUUCAUGGUGUAUUGCUCCUGCGAUAGGGACGUUCAGCCUCAUCGCCGCCCGCGACCCGUUUUUGCAGUCUUCAGAGGUUCGGGCUCUUUGCAACGUUAUAGCCUCGUUUCUUGCGCUUGCCCAAAUUGUUCACAUACUUCCAAAGCAAGCAAAGGGCAGAUCAUAUCUCUGGGUUUUGUCACUUGUAUUUCUCGCUCCCUAUCUAGCGAACGUUUUGGCAAUCAGGGCUGUACAAUCUUCAGCACGCCUGAGUUUCGGCGGUUCUCACGAGCAUCCCGUUGAAAAUCUGGUUAAUAACGCCAAAGUCAACUUCGGAAUCCUGUUGCAAAACCAGUCUCAGAAUUACUUGGCUGCUUAUGGUGAAUAUCGACGUAGAUACGGUAUGGAACCACCAAAUGGCUUCGAAGCAUGGUAUGAGUUUGCAGUAUCACACCAAUCGCCUAUUAUUGACGACUUUGACAUCAUCCACAAGUCUGUCUCGCCAUUCUGGAAAAUGAGUGGUAAUGAAGUCCUCCAAAAAAUGCAUGAAGCGCAAGCUAUGUCAAAUGGCGAGCUCUGGUCCUGCGUUUUUUCUAGUAGCCACGCAGAGACACACUGUAGCCAUCCCUAUCGCACUUUUGACAGACAUAUCGAGCUUUUGUUCAACAGGCUAUUAGGGAACCUGUCUGUAAUGCUCCCUGACGUCAGAUUUCUCGUAAACCAUCUUGAUGAGCCGAGAGUGCUGAUUCCGACACAAUCGUUAAAAGGCAAAGACGACUCGCGGGACAGGCUACUCAAUUUGACAAACAUGUCGCGUCAACCUGUUUGGGACGUACUCACGAGGUAUUGUGCGUCUCAACGACGUGAUACAAGUGCUGUGGUUGAACACGCAGUGGAAACCUUUGCUCUCCCUUUUGUCACAGAUUCAUCCUCAGCUUUGGACAUGUGCCAACACCAGGAGUACCAGGCCAUGUACGGCCUUGUUAUGCAUCCUACGUCAUUUCGUUUGUUCGAAGGGCUGGUACCUAUAUUCACAACCGGUUCGCUUUCAACAAUGGGCGAUAUAUUGUUCCCGAGCCCAGCCUACAUGGAAGCAGAAUUUCAAUACAACGAAGAGUAUGACAUCGAAUGGGAAAAGAAGCGAAACAACCUUUACUGGGCUGGUUCCACUACUGGUGGAUAUGCUUUGGACGAUCAGUGGCGAUACUAUCAACGGCAAAGGUUUGUAACGCUAGCACAGCGUUUGGAACCAAAGCGACAUACUUAUCUACGAGAAAAAGAAGGUAUGGUCAACCGUGUAGAAUCGUCGUUUCUGAACAGCAGAUUGUUCGAUGUCGCCUUCACCAGAGUCUUCCAAUGUGAGACGAAAUAUUGCAGAGAUCAAAAGGCGUAUUUCAAGCUCAAGCCUUGGGCAGAUAGAUUCCGACCACUUGGAUCACGACUGGCAUUUGAUUUGGACGGAAAUGGCAUCAGUGGUCGCUACUACCAGAUCCUCGCUUCAAAAUCUGUCCCACUGAAGCAGACACUUCUGCGAGAAUGGCAUGACGACCGGCUUGUACCAUGGGUUCAUUAUAUUCCAGUCAGUCAAAGUAUGGAGGAAGUCCCUGAGCUGGUUUCCUAUCUCACAUCGAGUGAGACUGGACAACAAAAGGCCCGAGAGAUAGCGGAGCGUGGUCGAGAAUGGUUCUCCAGAGCUUUUCGAGAGAUCGAUAUGAGUAUCUAUACCUAUAGACUACUGCUAGAGAUAGCAAGGCUGCAAGAUCCAAAGAGGCAAGCAAGCCCAAAUUGA